ACGUAACGUUAUUGUGUAAGUUAGUAAUAAAGCGCUCACGUGAGGUUUUAUAACACUGAUUCUGGAGUUGUGUAAGCAGCUGAUCUAUACACAGCGGGUCGCACUAGGUCUGCAUCAUUCACACGAGAUGUGUCCUGCGCGCGAAUCUGUCGUGAACGCGCUUUGGGGAAUGUGCGCGGCGGACGCGAUGUCCAUGCCCGUUCACUGGUUCUAUGACACGCGCGACAUCCCGCGCGACAUCCCACGCGACUUCGGUAGCUGGAUCCGCGGACUGCACGCGCCGCGUGAACGACACCCGUCCAGCAUCCUGACGCUCUCUAACACGGGCGGCAGUGGGCGUACAGCCGGGUCAUCCCGCACCAGAGCUCCAGUGGUGGGAAACGUUAUUCUGCAUGAUAAACUCAAGUUCUGGAUGAAUCCCAGCGGAUCCAUACAUUACCAUCAAGGUCUCCAGGCUGGUGAGAACACACUGAACACCCUCUGUGCUCUGAGAGUGGCGCGGGUUCUGAGCUCAGGUCAGUUCAGAAGCGUGGCAGAAGCAGACGCUCGGGCCGCCGUCCUGUCAGAUUAUGUGACGUUCAUGACGAGUCCUGGAUCACACGAUGACACGUAUGCAGAAUCCUUCCAUAGAUCCUUCUUCUGUGACUGGCAGGAACUCAGACCCACGUCUUCAAGAGAGGUUCUGGAGUUCGCCGAGCGGCGAUCCAAGCGCAUGUUAAACGCGCCAGUUCCCGACAGUCAGUUGAAUGUCAUUGGCUGUCUCCCGAUGGCCGUUCCAUUUGUCCUCCUGUCAGCCAAUGAGGAGGAAGCAGUAUCAGCUGCGGUGGAGUUUGUGAAUCUCACUCAUCCUCAUCCAGAGCUGAAGAAGUUCGUGUCUCUGUACGCCCGUGCGCUGUACGCCACACUGAACGGAGCGUGUGUGAAACAGCAGGCUGAGACGGCCCUGAAAUCACCCGCGCUGAACGCAUGGCACACGUGUCAACACUUCAUACAGAGAGCUGAAAGUUUUUCUAGAUCAUCAGAGGAGCGUCUGAAGGUUCAUCAGCGUGCCGUCGAGUCUCUCGGUCUCGCCUGCUACAUACAAGGAGCUGUGAGCAGUCUCUUUUAUCUGGCCUACACUUUUCAUAAUGACGUGACGGAGGGAAUCCUGACCAACACCAACUGUGGAGGUGAGAACUGUAACCGAGGGGCGACGUUAGGAGCUCUGCUGGGUGCCAGAGGAGCGUUUAUUGGCUCAGACGUGCCUCAGAAAUGGAAAGAUGGAUUGAAAAAUGCCCAGAAACAAAUGUCUGUCAUCCUGAAUGAUCUGCCCUGAAGAUACUCUACAACAUCAUGCGUUUCAUCUGUUCAACUACUUUUGCUCGUAACUCUUCUUAAGUGUUGUUCUGCGAUGUCAACCCCCCCCCCCCACACACACACACACAAACACACACACAGGAAGUGUUGCCCACAGAUGUGGUUUGAAACCUUCAGAGCUCAUAUACCUGCCUGCCUGCUUCUCUCGCCUUCAAUAUCACAUCACGACCUACUUGCAUAAUUCAUGCAUUAAAAGAACCAAGAUUGAGUUAUUGAUAAACGCGCUUUAAGAAACUGUCAUUAGAGCGUGGCUUUACCCUGAAAAAGAUCUGGCGGUGUUCUGAUGAUGCGCUGAGAUGGACAUGGUGUGUACGCAAACAACACAAAAGUUUGCAUAUUAAAAAUAAGGAUACAAAUAUUUAUGAAUAUCUAUACAUUUAUGUUUCUCUGUAUUAUUAUUUAUCUUAAUUUAUGUUUCUAUAUAUUUAUGCAUAUAUAAAUAUAUAAAUGUGAUUAAACAGGCUUGUUUGUAUUGUGUUGUUUACUGUGCUAAUAAAGUGAUAAUAUGCAAGCGAU